GCCGGUCGGGGGUGGUUCUGGCUGGAGAAGGGGGCGGUUGGGCAGCCGAAGAGCUGCCGAUUUCACCCCGCAGAGAGCUGUGGGAUGGAGCUGGAGCAGGGGCAGGAGGCCAAGGCACGACAUCUAGCUGCGCAGUAAGCCCGAGAGUCGCAGGAGCUAGUGGGGAGGCCCUGCCAUCUCUCUGGGGCCACCGAGGGACUAAGGGUGCUCAGGGCACCCAAUCCCGGAGGGGGGAAAGGACCACAGGCCCCUUCAGCCUCGGGGGGCCCUGGAGUCUCCUAUUCCUUCACACCAGGUGCAAGGGUUCCGUUCCCUCUGGCGGUGGAAGGGUUAACUGCAUCCCUGAGCAGCUGGUCUGGCACAUCAGGGCUCAGCUUGGGAAGCGCCAAUGCGGCUGCAUGGCCCAGUGAGAGCCCCCGGCUCCCCCAGGGGCGGCUCUCGGGGCUGCCAGAGUCCCUGCUCCCCACACGGCUUGUUUUCCAGGAGCCCAGCAGGUGACCAGGAGGAUCCCACGGACAGGAAGGAAACACGUCUCCGGGUGGUGCUCAGGGUUCGGCCCCUGACCUGCCCGGAGCGCCGCAGAGGGGACCAGCGUGUGGUGCACUGCCUCGGGGACAACACCGUCUACGUGAAGGCGGCCGGGCAGGAGGCGGCCUUCAGGUUAAGUGCAGUGUUCGAUGCAGGCACGUCCCAGGAAGGGGUGUUUGAAGGCAGCGGGAUGAAGCGACUCAUAGAGCUGGCAGCGAAUGGGUUCUCCUGCACCGCCUUUGCCUUCGGACAAACAGGCUCUGGAAAGACCUACACGUUAAUGGGGCCCUUAGCCCAGAGCGAGGGCCAGCCGGCGACUCCCUACCUCGGGGGGCUGAUGCAAAGGGCCUUUGUGUGUCUCCUGGAGCAGACGCAGCACUACAGACCCGGCCUCGUGCUCAGUGCCUCGUACGUGGAGAUACACAAUGAGCAGGUGAGAGACCUGCUGAGCCCAGGAUCGCCCAGGCCCCUGCCCGUGCGAUGGAGCAAAACCAGGGGCUUCUACAUCGAGAACCUGCUCACUGUGGAGUUUGGGAGCCUGGAGGCCAUCAUGGACCUGCUGCAGGAAGGCACCCGAAGACGGCGGAGCGCCGCGCAUGCACUGAAUGGGCACUCGAGUCGCAGCCACGCCCUGCUGACCAUCCGCAUCCGCCGCAAGGCUGUGAGCCCAGACCCCAGCUCCUGCCAGAAAGGCGUGCUCUGCUUCGUGGACCUGGCUGGCAGCGAGAGGGUGAAGGACACCGGCUCGGCUGGGGAGCACUUAGUGGAGGCCAGCAACAUCAACCGCAGUCUCCUGGCUCUGGGGCACUGCAUCUCUCUGCUGGUGGACCCCAGACGGAGGCGGAGUCACAUACCGUACAGGGACAGCAAGCUCACCCGGCUGCUGGCGGAGUCCCUGGGCGGAUCCGGGAUCACGCUCAUGGUCGCCUGCAUCUCCCCCUCCUCGCGCUGCCUCCCGGAGACACUGCGCACGCUGCGCUUCGCCAGCAGGGCCAAGAAGGUCACCACCAAGCCUGUGGCACACAGGGUGUCCCGGGAGAAGCUGCUGCAAAGUUUGGAGCAAGAAAUCCAGGCCCUGCGGGAGGAAAACCUCUCCCUGCGCCAGCAGCUGCGGCUGCCCAGGAUACUGGGCGCGGGCACAGCCGCCUACACAGCCCCCACACAGCUGCCCGAGUGCCAGGGAGAGAGCCAUGCCCCUGGGCAGAGAGGGCCCCCGAGGAGAGCACCCGGCUCGGCCAGGCGCAGCCUCUGUGGCCUCCUGCAGGAGUUUGUGCUGGAGAACGAGCAGCACAGGCACCUAGAGUCCCUCCCAGCCCUGAGCAGCUGGGGCCAGGCCCGACGUUCCCCCGAAGCUGCCCCCAGCUCCUGCAGCAUCCAGGCCCUGCCCUGCGCCCGCCCUGCCCCCAGCGCAGCCCAGUGUGGCCACCUGCCGCCAUGGGAGGUGCUCACUGCGCAGAGUGGUUCCAGGUUCCAGGGGACCAGCCAGGGCAGCCCAUGGGAGGACCCAGCUCAGCCCUGGCCCCAGAGCCAGCAGCGCCCUGUGGCUCCCUGGUUACUCCAUGGGAAAAGGAGCCUGGGCCGAAGGAAGAGCUCCGUUGGCUCGUGUCUGCUCCUGAGAGACACCCAGCAGCAGGGCCCUGAGCCUCCCCCCGGCCUGGAGGGGCAGGUCGCGCCGUCAGCCCCUCCCCUGCCAGGGCAGCCAGGCAGCAGCACAGGGCACCAAGCAGGCGCUGACCCUGAGCUGCGGCUGGAGGAGGUGCUGGACUCGCUGCAGGAGCAGCUCCAAUCCUACAGCCUGCGGGAUGCCCGGGACUGACUCUGAGCAUGUGCCCCACACCAAGGGACCAAGUGAUCUAUUAACCCUCUCAGUGCCGUGCCGUGGUGGAGCGC